ACUUACCUAGGUACACACCUAUGUGCUGUGGCAUGUGAGACUCACUCAACCGCGUGAUGCUAACUUGAAAAGGAAAAAGAGAAAAAAAGUACCUAGUUGAUUGAUAUACCCAGUUGACGAAGUGCACCUCAUUUAUAAGGGACGGUAUACCUUAGCUUAAUGCAUAAACCAUUCUUGAUAUACCUCUCGGUAAUUUAUGACUACCUGUAUUUAUAUACCUACCUCCUACCUCACAAUGCCAGCUGCUAGCAGCCGUAGUAUAAAAUGGCAGAAUGGAUGUAUUACUAGUAUUAUAUUCUUUAUCUUAUCAUUAAUGCGACCUCCGCUAUCUUAUCAAAUUAGAGCAUAUAGCACCUCCAGUACGGAUCCGUACCUAACCUUAGCCAAGAAUUAAGAAUUGGCGACCGAAACAUCCUCAGAUCUCCUCAGAUGGAGAUAUGUUAAAUAUACGUACGAACGUAAAUGUUCAGCGCCAAUUGACUUCCUCUUUUCUAGCUGCGCAAUGCCGGGGGAGCGCAUCGUCUUCGAUGGGCUAUGGCGAUGUCUAUGUCCUUCCGCCGAUAUAUUCACGCUCUCAAGUCUAAGUUGCCGUCGUCGCGGUUCUAGACAGCGAUCGAUUCUGUCCCCCGGCAGCAAUGCCCACGUCUCUGGAAGAUUAGGUCGACGAGGGUACCAUUUUGAGUACGAUCGCAUCCCUGUUCCUCCUCCUACUUAUAAACCCCACGACAAUUACCCCGAAGAUGAGAAAGUACGCAUUGAAUAUCUCAAGCGGGUCGCAAAACGAACCCCAUGGGUUCCUGGGGAGCUCUUCAACAAUGUCGAAAAUUUAGUCCCACAGCUCCAGCAUAUUCCGACAGAGACCAUCUACGCGGCUCUCAAGGAACUCGCAAGAGUCCAAGAUACAUAUUGGUCGACUGUAAAACUAGUCGAGUACCUAGUAAAAGAAAGGAAAGAGAAACCGAAUACCGUGCUCUACGAGUGCCUUAUAAGGGCAAACGUUGAUAAAUCUCGCGGGUCCGCAGAGGUCGCCGGUCGACUACUCGAGGAGAUGAGGAAGUUACGCGUUCCAACGACAGCACAGAUCUAUCAAGCUAUUCUAGAAGUCACAGCGGUUCAUCCUGAUUAUGUCCUUCGAAACACCGCGCUCUUCGAGAUGAAAAAUCGUUGGUAUUCGCCGACGACAGAAGAUUCGGUAAACAUCGUCAUUGGACUGUUGAGGGAUAACCAAUAUGAGCUCGCGCUUGAGAAAUUAGAGGAGCUUGGAAAGACUUCCCUCCAUAUUCCACUCUGGCUCUAUGACAUAUUCUUAUAUACCUUUGGGGAUCUAGGCUUCCACGAAGAAGCUCUCUCGAUCCUCAAGCAUCGAAUGAAGGUCGAAAACCUGGUCAAAGAACCGUUAUCCUUGAAUUCCUGGCAGUUCCUUCUUGACGUAUUUAGUAGAGAUGCUUUUUACGAAGGGAUCAAAUUCAUAUGGGAUCGCUCCGUCUCUCCCGGGUAUAUAAAUCCACCAGAUGGCACCGUUCUAAAUAUUAUAAACGCGGCGUCGAAUCAUGCAGAUGCGAGUCUAGCAAUAAGCGCAAUUCAGAUGCUUUCGAACCGCGGAAAGAAACUUGAGUUGCAUCACUAUGAAGCUCUAGUAGACAUUCACGCUCAGCAAAAUGAGCUUUCAAAGGCGUUCACCACUUUAUGUAUCAGUGCCAAGGCAGAUUUGCGUCCAAGUCUCUCCAGUACACGAUCAAUUUAUCGGGUGCUACGCAACUCGCCAGAGGAAACAGAUAAAGCCUUGGCGGUAUUAAACGACCUCCGUUUACAUCAUCGUGUUCCCGCAGCUGCUUUCAACGUCGUCUUAGAAGCUACAGAACUUCAUCACGGGUUCCAAGCCGCCUUGGAUCUCUAUCGAAGCGUACGGCAGAUUUGUGCUGACGGUCCUGAUCUCGAAACUUACCAUAUUCUCUUCAGCCACUGCACCAUGAGAAAGUCGAUGAACUUCUUGUUCGCGGAGAUGCAGAAUUUCUCUAUCGAACCUACCCAAGCCACAUACGACCAUCUCGUUCGAAUCUCUAGCAUGCAAGACAACUACGAGCAAGCAUUCGCAUUCCUUGAAAAGAUGCAGUCUUGUAAGACGGGAGGAAUACCCAAUAACUGGUGGAUAAGUAGGGAUUCGGCCCUAGCGCUCAUCAGGAGGUGCAUCCAUUCCGAGGACAUUAGGGCGCAAGAACUCAUCGAGGAGUGCCGUAAACGGGGCAUGUCAGUUGAUAAAGAAGUGCAGCGGCUCCUUGAAGCCACCCGAGAGCGGAAAGAAUCAGAAGAAAUAGCUUUCAGUACCCCUAUUAAACAGCUCCCGUCUACAGCAGCAGAUACUACGAUACCCCUGCAAGACGCUCCGAGUCCUGAGCCUAAAGAAACAUCGGGCUGGAUAUAGAGUAGACUGGACAUGAAUAAAAUAGAAACGAAGUCCAUUCACCAUAUGAUGGGCUUUGACCAUAUUAUCUUCAUAUGUGAUGCUAAUAUUAUUAUUUUUUUUGUCGGGACCCUCUUAGAUUCAAGUAUACACGAGGCUUUAUAGGAUUUGGAGUCGAUAUUCAUAUAACCCUAAACUGUUAAAGCCAUCAGAAACAUCCGCGUAUACACUGGUUGUGCGGGUGUUCCAAAUGAUAUCAGGUAUCCUGCUUAUAAUAUUGUCAUCAUUAGGUAGAACCAAAGAUAGGGACACAAUCUCGUUGACAUGUGUAAGGGCUCGGGAAGAUAGCUAUCAAACCGCCACACUACCAAAGGGUAGAACGAUGUCAACUCGAGGGUUUGACGUUGCUAUCUCCACCUAUAAGGACCUUCACAGGCGGUAGGUACUGUGACAACGCGUUAGAAAUUAUAGGAUUACAACGCGAGUCUAUGGCAGCCACCUAGCCUAAUAUUUAUCCAGAAGCAUAUCAGACAUUUCUGAGUGAGAGAUUUCUCCAGUAUAC